UUCAUUAUUAUAUUUGAAAGAGUUUAGUAUUAAAUCUCGUUGGUAAAGAACCAGAAGCGAGAUCUGAGAAGAAGAUGCGGCGUGAGUUUGCGACAACGCUCUUACUCUCGACUCUCUUUUCCUUUCUUGUGCCGGAGCUAAUUCCGGUCGGCGAAGGCGUGUGGCUCAACAUACCCAAGACCGGAGCAAAGUGCGUGUCGGAGGAAAUCCAGAGCAAGGUCGUCGUUUUGGCCGAUUACCUCGUCAUCUCCGACGAACAUUCCAUCUUCCCUACUGUUUCCGUCAAGGUUACAUCACCAUAUGGCAGCGUUUUGCACCACAGUGAAAACGCUACGCAUGGUCAGUUUGCGUUUACAACCCAAGAAUCAGGAACCUACUUGGCCUGUUUUGAGGCUGUAGGGAAUAGUCACGGCAACAAGGAUAUCAGCAUCAACCUUGACUGGAAAACUGGAAUCGCGGCCAAGGAUUGGGACUCCAUUGCCAGAAAAGAGAAGAUCGAGGGUGUGGAGCUGGAGCUUAGGAAACUCGAAGCUGCAGUUGAAGCCAUACAUGAAAACCUACUUUACCUCAGAAACAGAGAAGCAGACAUGAGGAUUGUGAGUGAAAACACAAACUCGCGAGUCGCAUGGUACAGUAUAAUGUCUCUAGGCAUCUGCAUUCUAGUCACUGGUUUACAGAUUUUGUACUUGAAGCAAUACUUUGAAAGGAAGAAGCUUAUUUAAAUGAGAGUGGUGAUCCGUGGGUACUAGAGAGGCCACUUUCAUUUGCUUUUUUUUUUUUUUUUCUUGUUACACUCUGUUUCGAACCUGUUAGUGUACAAUUUUGUUCACCUAUUUAACUUGUACUUUGUCUCGGGUUAUAUUUAAAUGAAAAAAUUGCCAAAA